AUGGCAACAUUGCAUUAUGACGAUGUAAUCACAAGCCAACCGGCUAUAAUAGAUAACGGUUCAGGUACAAUUAAGUGUGGAUUUGCGGGAGAAGAAGCUCCGAGAGUGAUUGUGAAUAGUUAUGUAGGAAGACCAAAAUACAAGAGGUGCAUGGCUGGAGCAUUGGAGGGGGAUAUUUUUGUUGGAAGCAAAUGCACGGAAAAUAGAGGAAUUUUGUCAAUUUCUCAUCCUGUUACAAAUGGCAUUAUUACUGAUUGGUAUGAUAUGGAAGCUCUCUGGACCCACUGCUUCUCUGAAAUGAAGACCUCAUCAGAAGAUCAUCCAGUAUUAUUAACCGAGGCAGCUUUGAACCCACGCAAGCAUAGGGAAAAGAUGGCAGAAGUAUUCUUCGAAGUUUAUAGGGUGCCUGCAUUAUUUAUCUCAACACAAGCGGUUUUAUCUCUUUAUUCUUCAGGAAGAACAACUGGAGUUGUCUUGGACAGUGGAGAUGGAGUAACUCAUGCUGUACCCAUAUAUCAAGGUUUUGCCUUAAGUAAUGCAAUUACUAGAAGUGAAAUAGCUGGUAGAAAUGUCACUGAGUAUCUCAAUUUACAACUGAGAAUGGCAGGAACAGUAUUCCAUACAAAAUCUGAAAUGGAAAUUGUUAAAGAUAUCAAAGAAACUGCUUGUUUUGUUUCUUCCAACAUUCAGAAAGAUGAAAACGAUGAAAACCAAAUAGGGAAUUCAGCUUUUGAUGCUGUUACAAACUCUAACAAUAGAGUAGCUUCAGGAUAUCCUUAUAAACUUCCAGAUGGUCAAGUGAUAUACUUGGGUAAAGAAAGAUUCAGAGCUCCCGAGCUUCUUUUCCAGCCAAGUUUAAUUGGAUAUGAGUAUCCAGGAAUUCAUGAAGUUCUAAUUCAUACAAUUAACAAGUGUGACUUGGAAAUACGAAGAUCUUUGGCAUCCCAAAUUGUUUUGGCUGGGGGAUCAACCAUGUUUCCUGGACUUGGAGAUAGACUUCUUUUUGAACUUAGAAAAGCUCUUCCCAAGGAUGUUAAAAUCCGAAUUAACGCAUCUAGUGACAGAAACCUGUUACCUUGGAUAGGAGGAUCCAUUCUAGGAUCUUUAGCUACUUUCAAAACUAUUUGGAUUUCUAAACAAGAAUUUAUGGAGGAAGGCCCUAAUAUUGUUCAUUCAAAAACUAUUUGA